GUCUUAAUCAACCUACCUACCCCACCGAUUCAGGAACGACGCACGGCGACAAUUACGAAGGAAAAUAAAAACACGAAGGAUCAGCUCUUGUAGAGAGCGACCGACUGAUAACGCACGAAGAUCUCUCUCCGUCCAAGGACCCAGUGCAGCGACACUGCGAAACGACACUGCACGGGUCAACAAAAGCACAAGUGAUAUUUGUAACUAAUAGUUAACGCGUUUAGAGCUUAGAGGAGCCAAGACCGUUCUUGCGAAACUCCGUACUCUUUGUAUAUACAAAUGUCGGAUACUCGAGUCGUAAUAUUCAGUGCUAAGUCCAAGUGACGCGAAGUGUGUUCAACGCAUCUCACUACGAUCCCGCGUGAACCAGGACACGGUACAGGACGCCAGAGUAACGGCUGCAUCGAGUGAUACACACCGAGUGUAUACGUGUGCGUGCGUGUGCGUGCGUAUCUGUGUGUGCGCGCAACAUGAGAGUGGCCAGGCAACAUCCAUUGCAUCUGCAAGUAUCGACCCGCAUCAAUAAUGGCAAGUUCUUGGUCGGUACCAAUAAUAGUCAAGACGUUGUCCAUCAGCAGCCGUCGCCGCAGCAACAGCAGCAUUCGACCAGCGACGAGAGCAGCGCGGUGGUUCCAGGCUGCGUCUUUCCGAGCUGCGAGUCGGUGCCCACCGACCUUCACGGGAGCCCAACUAUAUUGGGGGAUCGAUUCCUGCUUCUUGGUCCGGCCGAAGGUAGCGCUCUUUAUCGAUGCGUCGAUGUGCACAACGAUCAGCAACUUGUCGCCAAGGCGUUGACCGUGGGCGACAAAGGUUGCGAGGCGUUGCUGCAGGCCCACCUUCGUCUGGAGGGCACCGGCGCGGCGAGCGGCGUGGCUGGUGUAGUGGAGGCACCUGGAGGCCGGCGUUAUCUCCUCUUGGAGGGCCAUCACGGUGACCUGCACGCCUACGUAAGGGCACGCAGGAGAUUGCGCGAGCCUGAAGCAAGGCGGCUCUUCCGGCAGGCGGCCAGGGCUGUGGCCACGUGUCAUGAGUACGGGGUCGUGUUGAGGGACCUCAAGCUCCGGAAGUUUGUUUUCGCCGAUGAAGCGAGAACGCGGCUUCGUCUGGAGAGCCUCGAGGAUGCGGUGAUCGUAGAGAACGACGACGACAAGCUGACCGACCGGCGCGGCUGUCCAGCAUAUGUCGCGCCGGAAGUGCUGCGCUCCGGACGCGCCUAUUCCGGCAAGGCGGCGGAUAUCUGGUCGCUGGGCGUGUUGCUGUAUACGAUGCUGGUGGGCCGUUAUCCGUUCAACGACGCCGAGCACGCGUCCCUUUUCGCCAAGAUCUCGCGCGGCCUGUUCGCCGUGCCGGAGGGUCUGAGUCCACGCGCCAAGUGCCUGAUUCGCUCGCUACUGCGAAAGGAGCCAUCCGAGCGGCCGUACGCCGAAGACGUAUCGCUGCACCCGUGGUUGUCGAAACCGUUGCGGUUACACACGCCUACGUCCGGCAGCAGGUCCUCGUGUCAGGAUCAAAUCGUACCAGAACUAUCUAUUAAUCCUCAAGACUGACUCUCUCUCUUUCGGGGGAAGAAUCAUUAUUCCGCGCGUGACAGCAUUACUCUGUCUCAUCCUAGUGCUUCUCUCGCGCCGACAGCCGGGUGGAAUCCUCCGGCCGAGAGGGGGGAGUUAGCGCAAUCAAAAGAAGAAAAGAGGCGAAACGAUUUUCUUUUAACACAUUGGCUGUGCCCGUAGAGCAGUAGCAGAUGAGCGGAUCGGCGAAAAGCGAAACUGUCUUAUCUCUCGAAGAGCUCGAAAAAAAAUACGCGAAAAGUCGAAUGAAACUAACUAUUAUCAAAAGAGCAAUAUUCAAUAAAAAAUUCUAACUUGAAAAGAUUCGUAAAUUGAGAAAUAUAUGUAUACCUUGGCAAUUAAUGUGUUAACGGCAGCUGAUUUUACACGCUUCGUUCACAGAAGUUUGCACAGUCGCACAGUCUCCAACUUGGAUCAAAGAAAUCGCAUUGAUCCUUGGCAUCGUGGAGACAUGCGGCUAAAUACUAAGGGUCUUCCUCUUUUCGCCGGUCGAGGGACGGCCUAGAAUAAGCUUCGAAAAUAGAGCGUACUAACGUGAGAAGAGUAAUUAUUCUCGAUGGAACUUUUACAUAGAGGAGAGUAACCAAAGUCUCUAUCUUGAAUACAAUGCCCUGGAUUAUUUUCCUCGUUUAAAGCUGUAGCCUGCGAGUUGGAAGGUCGAAACGAUGUCGAAACCUUGAAUAAGAUGAUAUUAUGUCUCUCCAUUAUAUAAAGAUAAGCUCACUCUAGUCCAGAGACAACUCGCGGUUGAAGCACCGAACAGAGAAAGUAAUUGAGGGGAUCCUCUGUAAAAUAGCGUCUCGAUUUUGGUCAUUCUCCGCUAGCAAUUUCGGAGGCAACGUGACGCAAGUGAUUAGUCUCUAAAAAAAAGUCUAUCGGCUAUAUAGAAUCCUAGAUUCGAGAAACAUUGCCAUUACUGGUCCAAGAAAUAUUUUGCCUUGUUGCGUACAGACAUAUUCGCGCGCGCGCGCACGCGCAAAUUCCUUGUGAUAGAAUCUGACAGAUUCUGAGCGAUAUAUGUGAUACGAAAUAUACAGGUUCUUUCAUAAGCGUUAUGCGGUUACUUGCGAUCAUCUGUCUCUGAAGUCCAUGUACAUUAAUUAAUGUAAACGAUCGAAUUUGAUGUUUGUAUUGUGCGUUAGAAAUACCUGAAUACAUCCUCGACUUUCUCAUAUUUCGCGUUGCGUAUAUUUACCCGGAUAAUUUUUCACGCUAUAUCGGCGAAUCUGUUAUACAUAUAAAUAAAGUUAUGUAAAUAUAAGCGAGGGAUGUGGAACUUAUCGUAAGUUCAAGUACAACCAGUGAGCUUUGUAUAGUAUAGUGUAUAGUAUAAAGCGAUGAAUAUAUAUGAAUCAGAUGAAUAUAUAUGGGAUCAGAGAUUGAGUCGGAUGCAAAGUUAAAAGUUCAUGCAAUCAAAAGAGAAAAUAUAAUGAUUCAGCGCGAAAAAAUAAAUCGCCUCAUAACCAAACGUUUAUUAGAGCAGAAUAAAUUUAACAAACGAAUUUCUAAUUUAAAAUCCGACUCAUUCUUUCUGCAUGCCUGUUUACUUGUCAUCAUUAUAUCAGAGUCAAUCAAAUAUACUAGGCAAACAUUGAAGGAAAGAAAAUUUCUCGUUUGAGCGCGAUAAAACUUCAUUCUCCGACCUAAAAACAUUGCCUAAAAAGUUCAAGACUGCUUGGACGUGUGGCCUAUACAAUUAACUUUAUUAGAGAAAACGCAAAAUACGUUGCACCGUGAAUUUCUAACUUAAGAACAAUAAAAGAAUACGCUUCUGGAUUACUCAUACGACAGAGAAUCCAUGAAUAUAUUAAAUGUGUUCAUCAAUGGCAAUGUUUUCAGGUAGAAGUAACUCUCUAGUGAAUCAAAGAUUUACUCUCUUCUGACACAGACCUCUAAAGUCAUCGCUUGCGCGACAUAUGUAUGUACGGCUCACUAGGUUUCGAUUUUAAAAGCAAACGAAGCGAACGAUCGACAUUUUUUAAGUUUGGGCACAUGAGGCUGCGCGUCCUAUUUUGAGGACUUUUCUCUUGAAUAAGACUCUUUGAUCGAUAUAAAACUACGAAUAAUUCUCGAUUACUUUCAGUAGACACUUUUUGUCAUCGCAAGUCAAUUAUGAGAAUAAAAUUCCAAAGCAGACAUUGACAUUCUUAUUUGCAAUGCCAGGUAGCGUGAUAUUUUCAUAAAGUUAUUUUCCUCUUCAUAUUAUGGUGGGUUUAAUCAUAUUGUAAUUAGUUUAAUAUCGAUGUUAAAUAAAGGAACACCGAUGCUGCAAUCGUCGGUAGACGUGCCCAAAAGUACUCCUGAAAUAUUUUCCGGAGUCAAGACUAGGUUUAAAGCUAAGCAAUCGAGAUUAAAACCGCCAUCUCAUAUAGAGAUUAAUUCGAAAUAGAAUUUUUUGAUCCUUUUUAAACGAUGAAAUAGUUGCGAGGGGAAACCAAGUUUAUAAAUGUUGUCAAAUAAUUUCAGAAUCGAUUUCGAUUCUGAUGAACCAAAAUUUAUUAGUUUAGAUAUAUAUUCCAGAAAAUUGCUUAUUUAAUUUGGGUGGAAAUUUUUAUGGGUGCUUUCCAAUUUGUAAAAUCACUUGUAAAGACAUUUUCACAUUGUAAAGACACUUCCACGCAUACGACACAAGUUAUACCGUAAUCGUCGACACAACAGCUCGAGUAUUAUCAGUUAUAUAAGCUUGUGUUUUCUCGUUACAAUUACAGGGAUACGUUCCAAAACUCUGUCAAUUCGAAUAUCAUUUUAUCAUUGUUAUUCAUCGAAUAUUGUACAAGGAUAAAAGAUAUUUGGAGUUGACAGAGUAGUUUUUGGAAACGCAUCCCAGGUUACUAAUCGUGGUGGCCAUAAGAGAUUGAAGGAAGAACCUUUGCUCCUCAAAGAGGUUUUUGCUGGAUCAUAAAGUCAAAUUAAUACAUGAUACUAUGACCCAAAUAAAGAGUCGGAAAUCCAUACAGAGGACUGUUAGAAGCAGAAGAAGAAGAGAUUGAUGGACAUUGGGUGGCCAGCAUUUUUGCUUUUUUUCAUUCAAUAUAGAAUAUGGAAAAAGCUACAUUUAAUCCAACUAUCUGAAACCGUGCACAGCGUACACAUUCUGUUCUAAUUAAGCUUUACACAAUGCUACAUUUAGUCCAUUUCUGUUUACGUUGAUUAAUUGGAAAGCAUCCUAAAUAUACGACUGCGGAAUACCGUUUGUUUCGCAAAACAUCGGGAUUUUGGGGAACAUUGUACUAGACAUGAGAAUCGGGAUUGUUGAAGUACAGUUCAGCCUCAUGUGAAACUCGAAUCGACUCCGCGUCGAACAACGAGGAACAUCUCGUAACUUGUCGAAAUUGAAGAAAGAAAAGCUCCAGAUACGACGGGUUUGUCGAUCGAAACUGCGACUCGAUCCUUACCUCGUUCCCUCACGUUCGACGAAAGUACCAUGUGUUCUUGUAUUUAAAGAUACCCGUCUACCUACCUAUCUACACGAACUUUUUUGUAACUUCCGCGAGAGUGAAGAGAAAGAGAGAGAGAGAGAGAGAGAGAGAGAGAGAGAGAGAGACUCCUCUUUUCCUUUUUAUUUUAUAAUAUUCCCGCACCGCAACGGGGCACGGUAACCCAGAUGCGGCAUUAUUCCUCUUCGUAUCGUUCACAGUCAGGGUACAAAACGCCGCGCGCAUCCAUCGACGUUUAAUUUGUACAUAAGUUCGACGCGAUUAAAUCCUAUUGUAUUCAAUCAUUGUCUAGGUGCGUUUAAGGGACUUUUGUUUCUGUACAUAGAUAAAAUAAAGUGGCGUUUACGACGAA